AUGGAGACCAGGGAAGGGAAGAUUGACCCUGACCUGGACCUGGACCUGGACCUGGGUGUUGGAGAGGAGUGGAGCCUGCCCUCGGACAUGUACACUGAGGAUUCCCGCUACACGGUUGUCCCGGGCGCCGAGGAGCGGAAGGAGGGCUGGUGGUCAAAGAGGAGGACCGCGCUGUCCUUCCUCAGGGAUGUCCGCCGAUUCUGCUCCUCCUGCUAUUUGGCACUGGACCGGAGCCGCCAGCCCCCGGUGGACAAGCUGACCAUGUUCAUAUACGGCAGCGAGGAGGCGAUCAUGAACGAAUGCAACCGCGUUACUCGCCAAGGCAGCUUCAUCAUCCACCCGUACAGCACCUUCAGGAACUGUCAUCUGUUAUUUAUGCUGAUACUUACAUCUUGCAAUCUUAUCGUUACACCCAUUGGAAUUACUUUCUUUAAUCUUGACGACGCCUCAAAAAACUAUGGAUGGAGAAUUUUCAAUUUGCUGUCAGACAUGAUGUAUAUUUUAGACAUCUUUAUAAAUUUCAAAGUGGGCAUUGCUACUGAAGAUCAGGAAACAGUGAUUCUGGAUCCAAAACUUAUUGGAACAAAGUACCUCAGUACCUGGUUUUUGAUUGACUUAUUUUCAGCAUUUCCUCUGGACUCUAUAUUCUUCCUUAUCAAGGUUGCUGGGCUUUCUGCGAUUUCUUUUACUACUGCUUCCAAGUUUCUAAGAUUUCUCUACUUUGUUCGUAUACUGACAAUGAUACGACUUCUCCGGCUUUCUACUCUAAUGAGAUACAUUAAGGAAUGGCAACAAAUGACAGACAUCAAUCUGGAACCAUUGCGGUUACUUUAUCAUAUAGUCGCUGUUUGCUUUACACUUCUACUCAUCUGUCAUUGGAAUGGUUGCCUUCAGGUAUUCAUUCCUAAGAUGCAAGGAUUUCCUGAGACCUGUUGGGUUGCAAAAGCAAAUCUCGUAGAUAAACCGUGGACUGAGCAGUAUUCAGCUGGAGUGUUUCGUGCCAUCUGUCACACACUGGGCAACAGUUAUGGGUCAGGAGGAAUGCCCACAGACUUAUCAGAGAUUGGGAUCAUAGUAAUCAGUAUGAUUUCUGGAACACUGCUAUAUACAAUAAUGGUGGCAAACGUGGCAGCCAUGGUAUUAAAUGCAGAUGCCCCCGGACGAAGGUACAAAGCGAAGCUCAAUCACGUGGAAGAUUAUGUAUCAUAUCGGAAGAUCCCUUGGCAAUUGGAAAGGAAGAUUUUCUCAUACUACAGAGAACGUUUUCAUGGGAAAUGGUUUGAUCAGGAACAAAUUAUUUCUGAUUUAUCAGAAUAUUUAAGAGAGGAUGUUCUAAGCUACCUGUGCAGAAGUCUACUCAAUAACGUGCCAAUGUUCCAAAAUGCAGAUCCAAAUUUUUUACAGGCUGUUAUCACAAAUCUACAUUAUGAAGUCUUUCAGGAAGAAGAUGUGAUUAUAAGAGAGGGAGCCGCAGCUGACAGGAUGUUCUUCAUUGAAUCUGGCAUGGUUUUAGUGGAGACACAAUUUUACCAAAAAGUCCUUUCGGAUGGAGCUUACUUUGGAGAGAUUUGUCUUCUCAUUAAAAGUUUCCGGACAGCAACAGUUCGAGCACAAACUCUCUGCAAACUAUAUUCAUUGUCAUCGAACAAAUUUAAUAACGUGUUGAAGUUAUUUCCUGCUGCCAGAGAGGAGAUAUUAAAAAUAGCAGCCAAAAGGCAACAGUUGCUGCAAAAAGCCACACAUCUUAUGAAUAGUAAUGAAAAAAACACCUCAUGAUCGAACUGGGG